AUGAACACCAAUGGCAAUCACAAGUCAUGGGACGUUCCCGUAGACUUUGCUCGGAGGAUGAAGGUGAUUUGCAUCGGUGCAGGAAUGUCCGGGAUCCUAUGCGGGAUACGAUUCAAACAAAGAAUUCCGAAUUUGGACCUGGUCAUCUAUGAGAAGAACUCCGAGGUCUCAUUUCAGUACACCUUCGAGAAUAAUCCCAACUGGUCUCACUUCUUCUCACCUGGACCUGAGAUCGGUCGCUACUUCCAAAGCGUGGCAGAGAAGUACGGCAUGAAAUCAUUGGUCAAGUUUCAACACGCCUUCAAGUCCGCCCGAUGGCUCGAAGACGAGGGUCAGUGGGAGGUGACCUUAGUGAACAUGACCGAUGGCACUGAGUUUAGAGAUUAUUGCAAUGUCUUUGUCAAGGCAACAGGCAAUCUUAAUAAGUGGAUGUGGCCCAAGAUUGAUGGAUUGCAUACGUUUCGGGGGCCAUUGAUUCACAGCGCCAACUGGGACGAAAGUUUCGAUCCAAAGGGAAAGCGGGUUGCAGUGGUUGGGUACGGGGCUACAGCCGUGCAGCUUGUCCCAGCCAUCUUACCCGAGGUGCAGCAUAUGGAUCACUAUGUGAGGGGACAGGCUUGGAUCUCGCCAGCCGGCUAUGUUGCUGCUGAUCCGAGAAAGACUACUUCUGACAUUCAUAACUUCCCUUUUCCACCCGAAGAGCAAGAGCGAUUUGAGAAGUACCCAGUGGAGUACCUCAACUACCGGCACCAGGUUGAAAACUUCGUCAACAAGUUUCAGCUUGUCCAUUGGGUUGGAUCAGACAUGAACAAAAGCUUUUCGAAAGCCACGGAAGACUCGAUGUUGCGCAGACUGGCAACGAGACCAGAUAUAUUUGACGCCCUGAAGCCAACGUACCCGGUUCUCUGUCGCCGGGUUUCCCCAGGACCAAGAUACCUCGAAGCUCUGACAGAGCCCAAUCUGAACUUCAUUCCCCAAGGAAUCAGGAAGGUCACCGAAACUGGGAUAGUGGACGAUAUAGGAGUUUACAGAGAGGUCGAUGCUAUCAUCUGUGCUACUGGAUUCGACACAUCAUUGUCGCUCAAGGAAACCCCAAAUUUUGGCAGAGGCGGAGUAUCGCUCGACGACUUGUGGGAAGAAGAGCCCGGCGCUUACAUGUCAAUGUGUCCGCCGGAAAUGCCCAAUUGCUUCUUCUUUGUUGGCCCGAAUGGCGCUCCUGGUGCGGGGUCAACAAUCCAGAUGAGUGAGGUGACUUGCGAGUACAUGAUCAAGUGUAUCCUGAAGCUGCAGCGCGAGAACCUGAAGUACAUGGUUCCAAAGAUCUCGGCUGUCAAUGCCUCUAUGAAGCAGGUUGACUGGUAUUUUGAGAAGACGACUUUUGCCUUCACAUGCAAUAGUUGGGCCAAGAGAACAUCCAAUGGCCGGAUGUUGGGCUACUGGCCUGGAUCUGCUGUUCACCAACGUGCCACAUUGAUGCAUCCUAGGUUUGAGGACUUUGAGUACGUUUCAAAUGACGAAGACGAGAGUGAUAGUCUUGCGUGGAUGGGGAACGGCAUGAUCAUGGCGCAAAAGAUGGAUACCUCCACAACUGGAUAUCUUGAUCUGGUGGAUAAGCCUCCCGUAAUCGGCAAGCCAGCUGUCAGCCUCCCCCGGAACGACCACGAAGAUGUGAGGGCCUGCAUCAUCGAAGACCCCUCUACCAAACGACAGUAUCCUCGAGGAUAUGUCGAGGCACUGGAGGAGCGUGUGGCUCGUCUCGAAGCAUCGCUCUCGGUCGAAGACGGAGACUUUGACAGCAUAGACCAUGAUUUCAACCGCCCACACAAGCACACCCAGCAACCCCAAGAAGUACCUGUGUCCAUCGUAGCAUCGAUCGACGCAAACGCUCAAGAUAGCCUGCAGAAUGAGUCAGCCAACAAUAAUGGCGAGACCCUGAAAGAGCUGAGCGAGGGCUCAUCUGUGCUAGAUCUCCUUUGCCUUCGAGCUGCUGGUGGAGAGCCUCACUACUUCGGGUCCUCCUCCGCAUUCUCAUUUACAAAACUAUUUACUGCCCGUCUGAGAGGAGCGCAGGUGCGAGGUCCUGGUAUGACUCUCGGGGGCGUCUCCAAUUCCUUCGUCCAAAGUCGACCACGUGCGGUGCCGGCACCCAUGCCGGGCAGAGAGGUAGCCCGGAUAUUGACAAGUUCCUAUUUCGACAACGUCCACCCACAGUAUCCGUUUCUGCAUAGGCCGACGUACACCGAAUAUGAAGAUGCUGUUAUGACAGCCUGCGAGAACGGGCUUACUACCGACCCUCUGAAAGCGUUCUUCGUGUUUAUGGUUACCGCAGUGGGUGCUCUCGCGGUGCCCUUCGCCGGCGCACCCCUCCCGGAGAGUCUCUAUACGGCCGCUGAAGAUCUCUUCGAACAUGUCUUGCAGCUCAAUAGUCUGGAAACGAUACAGGCACUGCUUUGCUGUGCCAUGUACUCUCUGCGGUCGCCCAUAGGAGUUUCCAUCUGGACGUUGUCGGGGUUAGCCGUCCGCCAGUGUGUUGAGCUGGGGCUUCACCGAGAUAUCCCAUGGUCAAAAGUCGAGUCAAACACACUCAAAACUGAGGUACGACGCCGCGUCUUUUGGUGCUCCUACAACCUUGACAGGGCAUGUGCUAUUACUUUGGGACGACCUGUGUCUAUUACCGACGAAGACAUUGAUGUCGGUCUCUUUUUGGACAUCGACGACGAGAAUAUCACGCCGACUGGGUUGCUAGCUCAAGCGCGUACAUCAAAUUUAGAGCCGGCAACAGUGGUCUCUUCCGCCCUCCAUACGAUUCGCCUACGAUGUAUAUGGGCGCGCAUGCAACGCACCAUUUAUCGAGAAACACAUAGUGUGGCCCCGCAUCGUAACUCCUCUUCGACGCAAAAGUUCAAAGACGAGCUUCGCGCGUGGAUGGACGCCGCCCCAGAGCAACUUGUGGAGGGCUGUGCAGCAAACAACGCAUUCGGUAGCCCCGAGUGGUACAAACUCAUGUAUCACCACUCGAUCCUACUUCUCCACAGAAGGCGCUUGGUCGUACGUCAACGGUCAUCUCACGAUCAAAGCCGGUGGGCAGCGCCUGAGUGCGAUGAUGCAUCGGUGUAUCUAGACUGCGCAUCUUCCUCACAAGCCAUCUGCGAGCUUUAUCGCACGCUAUACCUGAGUCAAAGAUUGAAUGAUACAUGGGGUGCGCUGCAUGUUCUAUUCCUUGCUGGGUUGACCUACGUCCGCUGUCUGUGGAACAGUCCAGAGACACGGAAUACCAUACGACGAGAUAUCGUGUCUUCAACGUGCACUUCUUGCAUGAUAGUUCUUGCCGUAAUGUCGGAGCGAUGGGAUGCGGUGGCGCCAUAUCGGGACACAUUUGAAGCGUUGUCAAAUGCUACACAAGCCAUGCUGGUGGACUUGGAGACUGCGUCAUGCAUGCCAAGCGGGCCUGUGUUGUCGUCUUUACAGGCCGACCAAGUCUCCAAUUACUUUGCUGGCAUGGCUGAUAUUGGCAUGUGCUCAUCUGUCGAGCAGCUUCUGAUGGACAUGAUCACGGUGGAAUAUUAG